AUGUUAUCAGAAAACGAAUAUCGAAAAACAAAACAACAACUCGAAAACAUUCCACGUGAUUUACCAACUAAACAAAAAAAUAAUCUUAAAAAACUCCUUCAAAAAAAAUUACAUGAACAUGAGCUUGCUUCCAAAUAUCCACCAUUUCAACCUUUACCAUAUACACAAUUUUUUAUUAAUUAUGCAACUCAUGAAUUAACAUUGCUUCAUUUAAUUGAAUCGGUACAAUGUUCAAAAAAGAUUAUUUUAGAUACAGAAUCUAUUACUAUUCCUCAUCAACCAAAUGAACCAGCACUUAUCCAACUCCAAUUGAUAUUACCAACUUCAUAUUCGUACGUAAUUUUUGUGGAAGUUUGCCAUUUACCACGUGAACAUGAUACAACAUUUGAUUUAAUUAAAUUAUUUUUUCAUACCUUAUUUCAAUUUGAUAAAAUCAUUUACAUUUGGGGAAAAAUUAAAGAAUUAAUUAAGUUUAUAAAAUUUGGAUUAUUUUCGAAUGAACAAAUACGUUUAUCAAACAAUAUUAAUUGUCAGGAUGAAUUUAAAAA